ACUCGGGAUUCUGCAUUCAGUCUUGGAAAGCUGCGCAGUUCUUUACCAGAGUUUUUUUUUUCUUUUUCUCUUCAUUUGUUUUUCUAAUGAAUUUACCUCCACAUUGCUGUCACAUUUGAACGACAGCUCACACCUCUUGCUCACACUUCUUAGAAACGAUGGAGAAUUGAUUUACAUCAAGUGACAAUCCACCACCACUCUGCAUCAAACCAGGCAGUGAUGCCGCUUGGUCGUCACUUUAUCAGAAGCACCUCUCUCCAGAUCCCUCCACAGCCAAACAACGUUAUACUCCCACAUCCAGCCUUGUUGGACGCUGUCCACCCUGCCCUGGUCCAAGCCAUUAUCAAUCCAAAGCGGGGGAUGGAGGAACCGCUCCAGCCUCACACACCACAGCCCCCCAGGAGCUGCAACUCACCAGGACCUGCUGGGAAAUCAUGCUCAAAUCUGGAUGUGAGGGUGGCCGUUAUUCUGGUGACUCUGGCAGGAGCCGUUAUCCUCCUGCUGUUGUACAGACUCUUACAGCUCAGACACAGGCUGAGAAUGGCCAGGGCGAGGCACGCUUUGGAGUACUACAGCUUCUACCACUCUGCCACCUACACCCUCAAACAGCCCUCACCCUGCCAGGAUCUCCCAGCCAAGAAUGGUCUGGUUCCAGACGCUCCCCCACCGGUCCAAAUCACAGUGACACCCGCUGACGUCACCCCGGUUCCGCCAUCGCCGCCGCCACAGGUGUCGCCUCCAUCUCCAAAGCUGCUCCCCCCACCUCCUGUCCUCCCACCUCCACCUCGCCACCCUCCGCCGUCUCUCCCGCCGGCGCCUCCCGUUUUGUCCCUCCCUCUCCCGCUGCCUAUGAUCCACACCACCCCUCCCAGCCCUCACCUGUCGUGGGGCGCCUGCUCGGAUGCAGAUGUUUACUCUCGGAUCGGAGCUUUCAGGCCCUCCAGGCUCUCCAGCCUGUCCAGCCAGUCGAUGGUCAUUCUGUUUGAGCACUCAUCUCUCUGAACGUCUACACAUGACGAUAGUGGUGACACUUCAAACAGAGAUAAGCGUCCAUGUUUAUAUAUAUAUUCAGGGAGGACAAAUUGUAGUAUGCUUAUAGGAUGGCAUGGAUAGAGGCCCUCCAGAUGUUCAAUUUCCCUAGCAGGACAUGGAUUAGUCACCACAGUCUUUCCAGUCCCGGCAAAACUAUCAACCACUCAACUGAUUUGUCAACUGCUUUUUUUUAAAAAAAAGACGGACCUGUGUAUGAAAAGUGAUAAAACACUCAGAUAAAUGAGAAUAUUAUAGUUGAA